AUGAAGAUCAAGAACUUAGAAGAACGAAUGAAAUCCGUGGAAAUAACUAAAUCAUUCUAUGGGUUUGACGCUAGUGAGUUGAGUUUGGUUCCAGACUUAAUCCUCCCCAUCAAGUUCAAAGCUCCUGAAUUUGAUAAAUAUGAUGGUACUACAUGCCCUUCAUCCCACAUUACUAUGUUUUGUCGUAGAAUGGCAGGAUAUGUGAAGGACGAGAAAUUGUUAAUUCACUGCUUUCAGGAUAGUUUGACAGGACCGGCUUUAAAAUGGUAUACUCAAUUGACCAAAGCCAACAUUAGAUCCAGGAAAGAUCUGGCUAAAGCAUUUUUAGAGCAGUACCGCCAUGUGACAAACAUGGUCCCUGAUAGAUGGACUCUCCAAAACUUGGAGAAAAAGAAUAAUGAAACAUUCAGACAGUAUGCCCAGAGAUGGCGUGACACUGCGGCUCAAGUUCAACCACCUUUGUCAGAAAAAGAGGCCACAGUAAUAUUUGUUCAUACAUUGAAGGCUCCUUAUUUAAAUCAUCUAAUGGGAAAUGCAACCAGAAAUUUUGCAGAUUUAGUCAUUUCUGGAGAACUAAUUGAAAAUGUCUUGAAAAGCGGCAAGAUUGAAUCGAAUGAUGGGUCUAGUUCCAAAUUUUUGAAAUUUUUGAAACAUAGUGAGUAUAGUGUGGUUGAACAACUACACAAACAACAAGCGAGAAUUUCUAUUCUUGAUCUCUUGAUGAAUUCAGAAGCACAUAGAAAUGCUUUGAUGAAAAUCCUCAAUCAAACAUUUAUCCCCGAAGAUAUAUCCCUCAAUAAACUUGACAGAAUUGUGGGACAUAUAGCCGCUGACAAUUACAUAACGUUCACAGAUGAUGAAAUACCGGAAGGCGGAAUGGGGUCAGUAAAAGCUUUGAACAUCACGACACAUUGUCAUGGUCAUGUGUUGCCAGGAGUAUUGAUUGACAAUGGAUCCGCUCUCAACUUGAUGCCUCUAGUCACACUUCAAAGAAUGCCUCUGGAUCAAUCACACAUGAAGAGUUAUCAGAAUGUAGUGCGAGCAUUUGAUGGUACUCAAAAAGAAGUGCUUGGGAAAAUGGAAAUACCGUUGUUAAUUGGCCCAGUCGUGUACAAUAUUGACUUUGUGGUAAUGGACAUCCACCCCACAUAUAAUUGUCUAUUAGGGAGGCCAUGGAUUCAUUCAGCAGGAGCCGUUCCUUCUUCAUUACAUCAAAAAUUGAAAUUUGUUGUUGAUGGACAACUAAUAUGCGUCAGUGCUGAAGAAGAAAUGUGUGUGGAUUACAGAGAUCUCAACAAAGCUAGUCCGAAAGAUAGCUUUCCCUUACCCCACAUAGACACAUUGGUGGACAAUACUGCAUGGCACGCAUGGUUUUCAUUUAUGGAUGGAUUUUCAGGAUAUAAUCAGAUAAAAAUGAAUCCUGAAGACAUGGAAAAGACGACAUUUAUAACCAUGUGGGGCACAUUCUGUUAUAAAGUGAUGCCAUUUGGAUUGAAAAAUGCAGGGGCAACGUAUCAAAGAGCCAUGGUAACUUUGUUUCAUGACAUGAUGUACAAAGAGAUUGAAGUAUAUGUAGAUGACAUGAUUUCCAAAUCCCGAACUGAAGAAGAACAUAUUCAAAAUCUGAGAAAGCUUUUCCAGAGAUUGAGGAGAUAUCAAUUAAAGCUCAACCCCGCAAAAUGCACUUUUGGGGUAACUUCUGGAAAACUUUUGGGAUUUGUGGUCAGCAAAAAAGGAAUCGAGAUUGAUCCAGAUAAAGUCAAAGCAAUUCAAGAUCUUCCACCACCCAAUACAAAAAAAGAAAUUCGAGGAUUUUUGGGAAGAUUAAAUUAUAUAUCUCGGUUCAUUUCUCAAUUAACUGACAAAUGUGAUCCAGUGUUCAAAUUACUUCGAAAGAACAAUCCUGAAGUCUGGAAUGAAGAAUGUCAAGAAACUUUGGAUAUUAUUAAGAAAUAUUUAUCCAAUGCCCCCAUUUUAGUAUCACCAAUGCCUGAUAGACCAUUAAUUCUCUACUUGACGGUCUUCGAAAAUUCGAUGGGAUGUGUACUAGGACAGCAUGAUGAAUCAGGAAGGAAAGAAAAAGCUAUUUAUUAUCUGAGCAAGAAAUUUACUGAUUGUGAAGUUCGAUAUCCACCAAUACAAAAAUUAUGUUGUGCUUUGGUGUGGGCUACUCGAAGACUCAGACAAUAUAUGUUAUACCAUACUACUUGGUUGAUAUCCAAACUUGAUCCUUUAAAGUUCUUAAUGGAAUCACCAGCUUUGACAGGCAGAAUGGCUAGAUGGCAGAUGUUAUUAUCUGAGUUUGAUAUUGUAUAUGUCAACCAAAAAGCGAUAAAAGGAAGUGUCAUAGCUGAUUUUCUGGCCAGUCGUGUAUCAAAUGAUUAUCAGCCUUUGAACUUUAAUUUUCCCGAUGAAGAUCUGUUGUGCAUAUCCAUGAAUGAAGAAGUCAGAACAAAUGAUGAAUUUGCAACUUGGAAGCUUUAUUUUGACGGAGCAUCUAAUGCUUUGGGACGAGGAAUUGGGGCAGUGUUAAUUUCUCCAGAAAAUGUUUAUUAUCCCUUUACAAGUAGACUGGAGUUCUUUUGCACCAAUAACAUGGCGGAAUAUGAAGCUUGUGUCAUGGGAUUGAAAGCAGCUAUAGAAAGAAAAAUCAAAUUUCUCAAGAUAUAUGGAGAUUCAUCUUUGGUGGUGUAUCAAUUGCGAGGAGAAUGGGAAACAAAAGAUCCCAAAUUGUUGGAAUACAGAAAUUUUACCCUUGAAUUAGUGAAGGAAUUUGAGAAAGUUACCUUCAAUUAUCUCCCUCGAGAAGAAAAUCAAAUGGCAGAUGCUUUGGCUACAUUAGCUGCUAUGUUUCAAGCAACUAAGAAGGUUGAUAUGAUGCUAAUCAAAAUGCAAGUAUAUGAAAUUCCUGCACAUUGUUAUAAUGUGGAAGAAGAGGUAGAUGGUAAACCAUGGUAUCAUGAUAUCCUGCAAUAUAUCAAAAAUCAAAGUUAUCCACCAAAUGCAUCGGAAAUUGAUAAAAGAACUUUGAGAAGAAUGGCUGCUGGAUAUUUUCUUGAUGGAGAGAUUAUGUAUAGAAGAAGCAGUGAUCAAAUGCUAUUGAGAUGUUUAAAUACCAGUGAAGCUCGAAAUGUUAUUGAAGAAGUACACAGUGGAAUAUGUGGAACACAUGCAAAUGGCCUUUCCAUGGCCAGAAAAAUAAUGAGAUAUGGAUACUAUUGGGAUACCAUGUACACAGAUUGCAUUGAUUAUGCAAGGAAAUGUCAUAAAUGCCAGAUAUAUGCAGACAAGAUUCAUGUACCCCCAUCUCCGUUAUAUGUAAUGACAGCACCCUGGCCAUUUUCUAUGUGGGGAAUAGAUGUCAUUGGAGAAAUCACACCAAAAGCAUCGAAUGGACAUUGUUUCAUCCUUGUGGCAAUUGAUUAUUUUACCAAAUGGGUCGAAGCUGCUUCAUAUGCCAAUAUUAAGAAGUCCACAGUCUGUAAAUUCAUAAAGAAAGAGAUAGUUUGCCGGUAUGGCCUACCAGAAAGGAUCAUUACAGAUAAUGCUCUGAACCUGAACAACAAAAUGAUGACCGAACUUUGUGCACAGUUUAAGAUCAAACAUGCAAAUUCAGUGGCAUAUCGUCCGAAGAUGAAUGGGGCAGUUGAAGCAGCAAAUAAGAACAUCAAGAGAAUCAUUACAAAGACCACUGAAACUUACAAAGAUUGGCACGAAAAGUUACCUUUUGCUCUAUAUGCAUACCGAACUACUGUUCGAACAUCUACUGGGGCAACGCCUUUUUCUUUAGUCUAUGGGAUGGAAGCAGUCUUACCAAUUGAAGUUGAGAUUCCAUCGCUUCGAAUAUUGAGAGAAAUAAAAUUGGAUGAAUCUGAAUGGAUCCAAUCUAGAUUUGAUCAAUUGAACCUUAUUGAGGAGAAAAGAUUGAAAGCUGUUUGCCAUGGACAGAUGUAUCAAAAACGAAUGAUGAAGUCUCAUGACAAAAAAGUACAUCCAAGAGAAUUCCAAGAGGGUGAUCUAGUAUUAAAAAAGAUCUUGCCUAUACAUAAAGAUUUCCGUGGGAAAUGGAUGCCUAAUUGGGAAGGGCCAUACGUUGUGAAAAAGGCCUUUUCCGGAGGAGCGUUGAUCUUGGCAGAAAUGGAUGGAAAAAUUCUGAAAAAUCCAAUAAACUCGGAUUCUGUCAAGAGAUAUUAUGCUUGA